AUGCCAGAAUUUUUACAGAAAGGUGACUGGCUAACCAAAAUCGAUCUAUCGUUGGCUUACUGUCAUGUACCUAUAGCCCAGGCACAUCGCCCCUUCCUUCGUCUCGUCUAUGACAAGGAACUUUUGCAAAUGACAUGCUUGCCCUUUGGCCUUUCAUCUGCACCUCAAAAUUUUGCAGCCAUUUCAAAUUGGAUCGCUGACAUCCUUCGUUCACGUGGCAUAAGAUUGGUCGUCUAUCUCGAUCUAUCUUUACACUGCCGUUACCUUCAGAGGUUCCUAUCUUGUUUCAAUCAAUCGAGACUUCGACAAAAACGUAUUAUCCCUCCAAGAGUCAAAGAGGAACUAAAUUGGUGGCUCACAGCAACAAAUUCCUUGAUUUCUCUACAUCCCAAGAGAAUCUCGAACUUCCUGACGACGGAUGCUGCAGAUGUAGGAUGGGGUGCUCAACUCGACAAUUAUCACCUUUCAGGAACUUGGACUCAAGAACAAAAAAGUUGGCACUCAAACCUGAAGGAGAUGUUUGCAGUUUAUGCUGUAAUCGAAAAAAUGAACAAUUACCUUCGACAAUUACACAUUCUUCUUCAAACGGACAACCGAACUUUGGUCGCAUACAUCCGGAAGGAAGGAGGGACCAAAUCCUUACCUCUGCUGAAUUUAACAUACAACCUACUCCAACUGAUAGACGAUCUGGAAAUUACUCUAACAGCAGCCUAUCUUCCUGGAUGUUACAACGGAAUAGCGGAUCGAUUAUCUCGUCAACGCCCUCUCCCGGAAUGGCACCUUCUUCCAUCUGCAACCAAACAGAUCUUCAACAAGCUGGGAACACCCAAAGUAGAUUAUUUUGCCUCAAAGAAAUCAAGAGUAGUCCCUUGUUACGUUUCCCGAGACAUGAAGGAUCACCAAGCAUUGUUCACGGAUGCCUUCAGCUGUCCUUGGAAUUGCACCCUAGGCUGGAUCUUUCCUCCGCCCAAUCUAAUGCCUCGUGUCCUGGCCCAUCUAAAUUAUUGCAGAGGUCAAUUCCUAGUUGUUGCUCCCAAAUGGAAUCAAACAUUUUGGAUGGCAGACCUGUCCAACAGGAGCUUAGAACCACCGAUAGAAAUCCAGAAUCUAGACAAGGUAUUAGUGGAUUUAACAACUGGUCUUCCCCCCACACAGGUGGAAUCACUCAACCUACAAGUUUGGAAGAUUGGGUGUGGAAGGACCUAG